UAAACAUAUCCAUGAAUGUCAGGUCAUACAUCUGUUCCUUCUUUCGCAAGAGAGGUAUUGACAGAAGAAGAGCGGGCAUUCCAAAGAAUCCAAAUCCACUUUAAAACGAACGGUUGCUUCCUUGUUUUCGGUUUUGAACUUUUUCCUCUGUCUUAUCUUCUUAGUUGGGGGAAUUUAUUUGUUUUGAAGAAAGGUCUGGGAACGAAAGAGAAACGUCUGGUGAGGUAUGAGAGUAAGAAGAGAAUCAUUACAGAGAUGACGUGGAUGGACGGUUGCAAUUCAUUGGAAGAGGAUAAUGAAAUAAAGAUCUGCUGUCCAUCAUGUGGCCAUCCCAUCCAACCCCAACACCAGGCAGGGAUUCAUGAAUUACCAGGACUACCAGCAGGAGUGAAGUUCGAUCCAACGGACCAAGAGCUACUGGAACAUUUAGAGGGUAAGGUGCUGGAUACUGGAAAAAGUCAUCCUCUCAUCGAUGAAUUCAUUCCUACCCUCGAUGGAGAUAAUGGCAUUUGUUACACCCACCCUGAGAAGCUUCCAGGAGUAAGCAGAGAUGGCCUAAUUCGGCACUUCUUCCAUUGCCCUUCCAAGGCAUACACGACGGGCACCAGGAAGCGAAGGAAGGUGGACACCAAUGUGCAAGGUGGUGAGACAAGGUGGCACAAGACAGGCAAGACGCGUCCCAUUUUCGUGGAUGGCAUGGUGAAGGGCCACAAGAAGAUUCUGGUCCUCUACACCAACUAUGGCAGGCAGCGGAAGCCUGAGAAGACGAACUGGGUGAUGCACCAGUACCACCUUGGGCCCAAUGAGGAUGAGAAGGAUGGUGAACUAGUAGUCUCCAAGGUGUUCUACCAGACUCAGCCCCGGCAAUGCAGUUCGAGUAGUAAGGACCGAGAUUGGCUCCAUAGCCAUGCUAGCAAGGAAACCAGCCUCGUUGACUGCUAUAAUUCGUCGAUCAUCACCUAUGAUGAACAAGUGGGCCACAGUAGAGAAAGAGAAAGUUCUCUUCAGUUAGUGAUACCCAGUUUCAGUGUACAGGAAAAUGUUUCUUCCUUUCUCACUAAAGGAUAGCAAUCAUACAUUCAUAUAUGAUAGGGCGUGUUUGGUUGCACCGAAUUUCAUGAAGUUUUUCGGUAAAGAAAUUAAUUAUUCCUGAAAUAUCAGGAAAUUGGUGCAACCAAACAUGCCCUAAAACAAAGAGGAAAAAAUGGAGGAAUUUGUAGAUUAGUUGGGUAGAGUUUAGUCAUUAUUGGUAUUUCUAAUAAGGGUGGGAGGAUUUCGUGUUGUUGAGUUGAAUAAUGAGAGCAUGUUGUGUUGGAUUGUUGAGCGUGUCUACAGUUUCAAUGCAAUCUUUGUACAAGAGAGGGUGGUGAGAUUUAUAUGAAUUGGUAUUGAAUAA